GAAGAAAAUUCACCAAACCCGGAAGCGUUCAUGAAUCGGCCGUGGCUGCUAUUCAUUCAGGCUGCUGUGGAUUAACGCUGUUAUUGUUCAGAUAUCCGUUCAUAUCGGGCGCUUGGUAUAUUCACCUGUAGACAGACUAACGGAGAGCAAGCAUGGCUGGUCGGCUACCGGCUUGUGUUGUUGACUGCGGCACGGGGUACACAAAGCUUGGUUAUGCAGGAAAUACAGAACCACAGUUCAUCAUACCCUCAUGUAUCGCAAUCAAAGAGUCGGCCAAGGUGGGAGACCAGGCCCAGCGCAGGAUGAUGAAGGGUGUCGAUGACCUGGACUUCUUCAUCGGGGAUGAAGCCAUCGACAAACCAUCAUAUGCAACAAAGUGGCCCAUCCGUCAUGGGAUUGUGGAGGACUGGGACCUGAUGGAGAGAUUUAUGGAGCAGGUCAUCUUCAAGUAUCUGCGGGCAGAACCUGAAGACCACUACUUUCUUUUGACAGAGCCUCCCCUCAACACACCAGAAAACAGAGAGUACACAGCAGAGAUCAUGUUUGAGUCGUUCAACGUCCCAGGUCUCUACAUCGCUGUUCAGGCUGUCCUGGCGCUGGCUGCCUCCUGGACAUCCAGACAGGUGGGAGAGAGGACACUGACAGGGACUGUGAUCGACAGCGGAGACGGAGUCACACAUGUCAUCCCAGUGGCUGAAGGCUACGUCAUCGGUAGCUGCAUCAAGCACAUCCCCAUCGCUGGUCGAGACAUCACGUACUUCACCCAACAGCUGCUGAGGGAGCGAGAGGUGGGGAUUCCUCCGGAGCAAUCCCUGGAGACGGCUAAAGCUGUCAAGGAGCGGUACAGCUACGUCUGCCCUGACCUGGUGAAGGAGUUUAACAAGUACGACACAGACGGCUCCAAGUGGAUCAAACAGUACACGGGCAUCAACGCCAUCUCCAAGAAGGAGUUCACCAUCGAUGUGGGCUACGAACGCUUCCUGGGGCCAGAGAUCUUCUUCCACCCUGAGUUUGCCAACCCAGACUUCACCCAGCCGAUCUCAGAGGUGGUGGAUGAGGUCAUCCAGAACUGUCCGAUCGAUGUCAGACGUCCACUGUACAAGAACAUCGUGCUCUCCGGAGGCUCCACCAUGUUCAGGGACUUCGGCAGACGCAUGCAGAGGGACCUCAAGAGGACCGUGGACGCACGGCUGAAAAUGAGCGAAGAGCUGAGCGGCGGCAAGUUGAAGCCGAAGCCCAUCGAUGUGCAAGUCAUCACUCAUCACAUGCAGAGGUACGCUGUCUGGUUCGGAGGAUCAAUGCUGGCGUCUACUCCCGAGUUCUACCAAGUGUGCCACACCAAGAAAGACUACGAGGAGAUCGGGCCGAGCAUCUGCCGCCACAACCCCGUAUUCGGAGUCAUGUCUUAGGCAUCGGAUCAGAGGAGUGCAUUCAGCGGAGGCCGAUGGGGAGGAGAAGAAAAAAAAAAAAGCAGGAAGCGCCGCAAGACCUCACAUGCUGUGGAAGUCCCAUGGGCCUUUGCACAGACAGACCUCCGACAGACCUGUUCAUUCGGAUAAAGCGACAGUGGACCAAACAAACUGCCAAAACAGCGGCAACAUCCUCACAAAUUAGAGGAAAGAGGUGACCCAGCCCAAAGGAUCCUCAAAUAAAAAUGUUUACUGCAAGUAGGUUAAUAAUAGGUGAUAAAUCUUUAAUUUCUGCGUGCCUCGUAUAUGUACUUAUAAUAUCUUCACAGGGUUGUAAUAUGUAAUUAAUCAACAUGAGUCCUGUAUAAAUGCACUUCUUUGUGUAUAUGGGUUGGGUUCUUGCUAUAUGUUAUAUACAUAGACAUGCUUAGUUAGAUCAUUUUCCACAAACUAUAAAAAAAAAAAGCAAACUCUUUGAUCAUCAAAUAAGUGCAAACAUACAAAAAUACAAUCACCAAACUUACUGACCAUUCCUGAUUUUCUUUUUCUGUUUUGUGUUUCCCCUCAGUACCUGGGAGAAAUAUUUAUUUGAAUUUAGAUGAUUAAAAACAGGUCAGGCAUUUAAAAAAUAUUAUCAGUCUGUUCAAAUAAUUUUCCCCAGGUUUGUUUUUUUUUCCCGCAGCAUUGUGACAAAUCGUCGCCGCUUUCCUUUGACCGUUUUUAUUUGUAUUAAUCAUCUCAACUUGUCUUGGAAAAAAAAAAAGAAGAAGCGUAUUAAUAUAUGAACAUGCAGUUUGAAUGACUGUUGUUGGACCAUCACUGUUGCCUAGAUCUCAGUUAUACUGGAUAGCCUUGUACUGUACCAAAUCUGGAUUUCAAUGCUGGCAUUCCAAUAAAUGCCAAGGAGAUAUUUCUACA